CCCGCACUUAGCCCACCAUCAUGAUCAAAACAUAGUAUCGGCCUUUGCAUGAGACGCCGAGUGCACUGGAUGUGUGGAGAGUCACCGAGAAUCGCGUGGGACGCAAGCUCGAAAGGAAACUCCAUGAUUUGCCCACUUUGCGACUCCUCUCCAUACCAAGAGCCAUGUCGUCCACACUCGCAGGCCCACUGACAGACCACUGUUUCACUUCAGUCGCACAUAGCGGUACACCCAAGGGUAAAAGCAUCACCAUCGCUGGCGUGCCCACAUACCUAUCUACUCCGCAAGCUCCCGCUGCGUCCGAAGUGGGAACUGUCAUCCUAUACUUCUCAGAUGUCUUUGGGCCAUUCUAUAUCAAUGCUCAAUUGGUUCAAGAUUACUACGCUUCUCAGGGUUUCACCGUGGUUGGGAUAGAUUACUUUUUUGGUGAUCCUGUGCAUCUGCAUCUCGACAAACCUGGGUUUGAUCGCCCGACGUGGAGAACAAAGUCUGUCGAGCAAGCGAGGGCUAGCGUCCCAAAGUGGGUGGAUGGUGUCAAGGAAAUGUUCGGAACGAAUGUGAACUACUGUGCCGUUGGUUUCUGUUUUGGCGCGCCCUAUGUCUUCCAGGUUGCAGCUACUGAUAUGCUAUCGUGUGCCGCCGUCGCCCAUCCUACGAGCUUGACUGAGGACCUCCUGAGAGCGAGCAAAGUGCCCUUGUUGUUCUCUUGCGCAGAAACGGACUCCGCAUUCCCAGCGCCAUUCCGACGACACGUUGAGGAUAUUCUUGUGGAGAAGAAGGCGUCAUACUAUUUUCAGAUAUUCAGUGGCGUGUCGCACGGCUUCGGAACAAGAGGAGAUCCAGAAGUCGAGACUGAAAGGUGGGCAAAGGAAGAGUGUCAACGUGCGAUGGUGGGAUGGUUCAAACGUUUUACGAGUAGCAAGUGAUAUAAAGUGAAAUCGCAAACUGUUUCAGUAAAUCAUAUUCACAUUGUAGCCUCGCUCCGAAUGGAUUCAGAUGAGUUUUCA